AUGGGCGAUCCCAACACCCCGUUCGAGGUCUUAGCGCAGUAUCCGUAUUCUUCGGAACAUGAAGACGAUCUCAAUUUCGAAAAAGGUACCACAAUUACCGUACGGUCCGUCGAGGACGCUGAGUGGUAUUUUGGUGAUUACCGGGACCCACAGGGGAACUUGAAGGAAGGGCUUUUUCCCAAGGCUUUUGUGGCGGUAACAGAAAGACCAAAGGGUGGGGAUGAACUUCCUCAGCCUCAUGCUACCUCAGAUCUCGAAAAACCAGCAGACUCAGCAACAAUUGCCGAUGAUGGUGGUGACGAAGCUCCACAAACCUCGGUCGACACAGACCUUGAGAAAACGGAAAAACCAGGUGCUGAUACUGGGGCAAGUGUAGUCCAAGAUGAACAGCUGGACUUCGCGAGUUCAGUUGAAAAAGAAGAAGCGACACACUCAAAUAUGUCUCAUGCAAUGCCCCCUACCUCUAAUCCAGAUCUGUCGGUUUUUUCAAAGCCUCAGGUUGUUGAGCCUGUGCAGCCAGAAAGUAGUCAGCCUCCUUCUUCCACGAUUGCAAAAUCUUCCGAGAACGAACCCAUUCUGGCUGAGCAACCUAAAAUGAGUCUCAAAGAACGGAUCGCGUUGUUACAAGAGCAACAAAAGAUCAAUCAAGAGAAGGAACAAGAAAGACAACAGAAGCUAUUGGAAAAGGAGAAAAGGCAUGAACAUCAUGAAGCAGCCAUUGUUCAAGACAGUAUUGAGCCAACACCUGAAUCUGAAAUAGCUCGAGAUGAGGACGACGUUCCACAGGAGGGCUCGGGCUUUAGCCCCGAAUUCGAAAACUCACACCCUAAGCCACCUGCACUUGAGUCGCAUUCGGACGAGGAGAAUGACGACGAAGGCUUACAAAAUCGCGAUGAGGACGGUGCUGGCCAGAGCGAAAAAGACGAGAAUAACGUCGAGGACGAGGAAGAAGCUCGUCGUGCUGCUUUGAGAGAACGGAUGGCUAAGCUUGCUGGUGCUGGAAGAAUGGGAAUGCCAAUGUCUUUCAAUCCAUUUGGGAUGCCGGCACAGCCCACUAGAGCCUCUACUAUUCUUUCAAAAAAAGCAGAACACAGGGAAGCAGACAAGACCUCCGAAGCCGAUUUGCCACGAGCAGUUCCAGUACUUCCCUUUGCUGACCCAGCGGCUCUUCAAAAGGCUCAGAAACCUUUACCCACAGAUAACGAUAAUUCAGCUGAGAACAAGGCAUCCAAAAGUGUGUCAAGCUCUCGAGAAGACAAGAAUUUAUCUGGAGAAGAAGUUUCUAAACCAACUCAUGAAUAUGCCAAAUUGGUGAAACCGAAUGCAUCAAAUGUGCCACUUGACACACCCGGUAUGCUUGCUGAUGCAGAGGAUGAAGCUGGACAAGUGGAAAGUAAUUAUUUUGGAAAAGGGCCAGAGCAGACACCUAUUCUGUCAGACGAGCCAGAGGCACGUUUCGCAGAGACUGAAGAUAUCCCACUCCAACGUGAGCCAACCAUAGAGGUGGAUAAACCUCACUCCAUCAAUGGAUCAAUCUCAGACUCCACGGGUUACGAAUCCUCAGUGGAUGAAACAGCAGCGACAUUGAAUAAUUCAAAACAUGUUCCGCCACUAUCGAAGCAGACACUUGAAAAUGCGGCCUUCGCAGCAGGGUCUCCUGGAGAUCUACAAUUAAAAGAUCACAUGAACCACGACAGUGUGGACAGCUCGCAGUCUACAGGCGAUAUUGAAGUCCAACAAUCUCAGUCAAGCGAUGAAGAUGGAGCUUUGGCGUCCUCUCAUGUGCAACCUAAGCAAACUGAUAGACAUUCGGUCGAUGAAAGCAGAAUUCCGCCUAUACCAAAUAUCACCAAGGCACCUAUGUCUCAUGCACCACCUAUCCCUGACUCAAAACCUGCUCCACCACCUGCGUCCGUACCGCCCAUCCCUUCUAAGAAGCAAACACCUGUCAUGCCUCCCGUUCCACCUCUUCCCACACCUCCUCCUGUCCCCACUUCGGUAUCAGGGCAAGAGAAGCCAAACGAAUUUACGACUACAAGUUCUCAAGGAGAAAACAUCGAAUCACAGCCUUCCAAUGACCAAUUGAAGGAUAAACAACCUGUAGAGCCGGUAUCAAUGCCCCAUCUUGCCGCACCCAAGGUACCACCACCACCACCUCAGCCUCAAAUUGCCACGGAUAAUUUAAAGUCUCUAGGCAUGGGGCCGAAAUCCCCUCCCCCUCCCCCUCCACCUUCAGUCUCUAACCAAGGUUUCUCAGAAUCUUUUAAACAUGAAGCGCAUGGGGCUAGUCGUCGCGCCAUGGGUGAAAGGGGUCCACCACCUAUCCCUACCACUUCGAAAGGCCCUGCUUCUACGCACCCAUCACCAGGAAGCCCCUUGCCCAAAGAUUCAUCACAAGCUCAGCCAGUGAGGAGAAGAACAUCUAUAAAUGACCGUGCAUCGCAAGCCCCCGUCAAUGCGCCACAGGACAGACAAAUGGAACGGACUCAGACAUUUGAGGUCAAUGACGAAAGGCACAGGCCUACGAUAAAAUUUGAUCAUACUAAUGAGUGGUGGCUAGAGAAAACAAUACCAGCUGGCCUCAUCAGUGAUAAUCGCCUGAAAUACAUCUGGGAAGUUGAUGAAACCAUGCUCACAAAAAGGUGUAAUCAGCAUUGGUUAAUGCGGGAUUUCUAUAUUCUUUUUGAAGACUAUACCCAACUUCACGCCACGGUGGUGUAUAACCCAUCGAAAGCCCACGAGACGAUCAAAUUUUGGCAAGAGUUUCUACCAAGCCCUUCAUCGGCCCACAAGCUGAAUGAAUUUGCAUCGAAGAUAGGUUACAAAAUAUUUGAGAUGGCCAGCCAAUCCUUAAAUCAACCGUCGCAAGACUUCGUUUUCGAAAUAAUCAAAAAGAUGCCCGAAAGUGUUUUACCACCAAUCGCUUCAAGAACUUAUGGUGUCCCCUUGCUGACGUAUUCGCCUGACGGUGCCUUUGCUGAAGAGGCGCUAAAAUCGGUGAGGCCCGGUGAUAUACUGGUUGUAAGGAGAGGAAAAUUUCAUUCUCAUGGAAAACUGCUUCCAAAAACUACUCAUGAACUUGGAAUGGAUACAACACCGUAUGCUGCUGUGAUUACGGAGUAUGAUUUUUCUAAGAAUAAGUUCAGAGUCAUUGAAGAACAACACGGCAAGACCAGACAAGCUAGUUAUCGCUUACAUGAUAUGAAGAGCGGCAAGCUGAAAGUUUUCAGAGCCGUGGAAAGAAGUUUUGUGGGGUGGUAG